GACAUUACAGACACUGCUGCAGAGGUCGAGGCAUCGUUUCGUAUCAGCUUUGGUUUUCAGAGACUAGAAACUUCAGAUAUCUCACCAUCGAGGAACCAUGAAGCGACCUACAGAUUGGGUUCCAGCCUUAUGGCGGGAAACUUUUGAGGAAUUGCUGUGUGAAGACAAUGAGCUGGACUAUGGAGAUGAGUGGACUUUCAACUUCAACUACAGUCAGAACAACACAGUCACCAACGAGGAGAGGAAGAGAGGCUGGAAGAUCUGCUGCCAAAAUGCCCAUGGAGAUUUCAAGUGUGCAUCCUGCUCCAAGACCUGGCACUCGGCACGGGUAGUGGUGUUGUUUCGUUACAGACUCCAGAAAGGUCGGGGGACAGUGAUCAUGCGACCCUUCCGUCAGACCUGUCGCAGCUGCAAAAACGAGAAUUAUGAGUUCUGUGGUUUUACCCAGGAAGCUGUUGAAAGUACUUUGCUCAGGCUGUUUUCCAAAAUUCGGAAGAAUUGCUACGGGGAAGAGGACUCGGACGCUGACAAUGACGAUGGUGACUUAUCGGAAAAAAAAACCAAACCCCAUGAGAGCCACCUGUGUGAGGCCUGCAAGUCAGGCAUUUGCACUCAGGAUGAUGACUCGUAGGGUGUGUGUGUGUGUGUGAGAGAGAGAGAGAGAGAGAGAGAGAGAGAGUGGCUUAGUUUUAGGAUGACAGGUGCAGAGACUCACAGUUUGACAGUUUGUGCAGGUGGUAUGAGAUGCACAUGUUCUUUAUCAAUCAGUCAGAAGUUUUUUUUCACCAUUUAUUUCCCUGUUUGCUAAUAAGCCGGAAUACACAAAAACAACAAAAUUGAUUUUGUAAUGGACAGGACCCCAUGAAGAACUACCUUAAAUUUUGGAGCAGAUCCAGGAUUUUUAAUUUUUCUUGAACAUGACAGAUGGGGCUUUGGUCUUGGUGGAGUUUCUGUAAUUACAAUACGACAUCAUGAGGAAAAUGUAGCCACAUAUAUAUUGUAAGUGGCGGUUAAAGAGAGUUGUUAAUAAAGUAUUUUCUUACUU